AACCCCAUUCUUCUUCUCUUCAUUCACAUUUUGAAAAAUAUCCCCUUUUAAGAUUUUGUGUUGGAGCUAUGUUGCAGGACGUGGUCCGCCCCGCGCCGGAGCAAAUGCUUCCCAUUGAAGAGAUGUCGAGUCCAAUCAAUGGUCAGAUGUUUGAUUUCUGUGAUCCCGAGCUGUUCUCGGAGACUCUCCAGAACUUGGAGUUCAAUUCGGGCUCGAAUUGCUGUUACGAAAAGAACUCCUCUGACCAUUCCCCAGAAACAGAGAACCACAUCGCAGCCGGUGGUGCGGUGUUUAUACCUGCCACCGACGCAUCGGCUGCAACAAACAGUAAUCUCACAGCUAUCUUCGAUUCCCAAGAAGAACUCGACAAUGACAUCUCUGCUUCCAUUGACUUCUCCCCGUCCGCUUCAUUUUCCAUCCCUCAAUACCUGACCAUCCAGUCAGCUGGGCAGUUUGAUGUUUGUCAAAUGCAGGCCCAAAUGCCAUUAGUAGACCCCAAUCCCAUCAUGGAGGGGCUGGUGCAGUGCCCCAUGGCUCCAGUUGAAGACUUGCCUUCCAUUUAUGUUGACGAUUGCUUGUCUUCCUUGACUUCCAACUUGCCACUGAAUCCUUCCUCCCCUUCCUGCUCCUUCGUGGGAGCAACCAUGGCAACUUACCUGCCAGCAUCAGCAGCGUCGGUCGAAAGUUGCGGCGGAAUCUUCCCUCUGAUGGGCUCUGAAUUGCAGCCACAAGACCUGGACUUUCAGGGCGACAACUGUGGACUCUACAGCCAAGACUGUUUGCAGGGGACUUUCAACCCAGCAGAUCUUCAAGUGCUCAACAAUGAGACCCUGCAACUGGCGGGUGGGGCAAUGAACUGCACUUCUUUAGCAUCGGAUCUCUCGAGCUUGAAGGACAGUACUUUCAAAGUAGGGAAACUGUCCGUAGAAGAGAGGAAGGAGAAGAUUCAUAGGUACAUGAAGAAGAGAAAUGAGAGGAACUUCAGCAAGAAAAUCAAGUAUGCCUGCCGAAAAACACUAGCAGAUAGCCGCCCACGGGUUCGGGGACGGUUCGCCAAGAACGACGAAUUGACAGAGAAUCAUAGGACAGCUUCUAGCAACCACGAAGGAGAUGAAGAAGAAGUAGUUGUGAAGGAAGAAGAUAGUAUGGUUGAUUCCUCAGAUAUCUUUGCUCAUAUCAGUGGAGUGAACUCCUUCAAGUGCAACUAUCCAAUCCAAUCUUGGAUUUGAUUUUUUUUUUUUUAUGUUGCUUUCUUUAAAUAAAUAACCAAAAAAGAAGGAGAACAAAACAAAAAAAAGGAAAAAACUACAAUUUUGCAGGACCCAACUUGAGUUAUGAAUAUUAGAAAAACUUUUCUGAUGUGCAGUAGAAAGAGAGUGAUGGAAGGGUCAUAAAAAUAGAAAUAAGUUUGAGUGAGGUCACCUAGCAAUCAAACUUAGCAC